UUCCUUAUAGUACCCUAUCAGCAAAGCUCAUGCAGCAGUGAACGGAGCUCUGGACCAAUCCACUGCUUUCGCUGCCGGGAGGUGUGUAAAGGAGAGGUGGUACGAGUUCAGCAUGUCCACUUCCACAUCAAAUGCUUCACCUGCCAAGUGUGUGGCUGUGAUUUGGCACAGUCCGGAUUCUUCCAGAAGAGUGGCGAGUACAUCUGCACAGCAGACUACCAGUGCCUGUAUGGCACAAAGUGUGACAGCUGUGGGGACUUUAUCUCAGGGGAGGUGGUCUCUGCCCUGGGCCGCACAUAUCACCCAAAGUGUUUCGUGUGCAGCGUGUGCAGGAAACCUUUUCCAAUUGGGGACAGAGUAACGUUCAGUGGUAAAGAAUGUGUCUGUCAGCAGUGUUCCCUCAAGCUGGUUAAUUCCAAUGAGCCAAUCAAAAUCCACGGGCCCAGUCACUGUGCAGGUUGUAAGGAGGAGAUCAAACAGGGUCAAUCUCUGCUGGCGCUAGAGAAACAGUGGCACGUCAGCUGCUUCAGGUGUCAGACCUGUGGCCUGGUCUUGACGGGAGAGUACAUCAGCAAAGACGGCAUUCCUUACUGUGAGUCAGACUACCAUGCCCAGUUUGGGAUAAAGUGUGAAACGUGCGACAGAUACAUCAGUGGACGUGUGCUGGAGGCUGGAGGGAAGCACUACCACCCCACUUGUGCUCGCUGUGCCCGGUGUCAGAUGAUGUUUACAGAAGGAGAAGAGAUGUAUCUCACAGGUUCAGAGGUGUGGCAUCCUGUGUGCAAACAAGCAUCUCGAGCAGAGAGGAAACUGAGACUCAGGCGCACAUCCGAAACCUCCAUCUCUCCGCCAGGCUCCAGCAUUAGUUCACCCAGCAGAGUCAUCUGUGCAAAAAUGGAGAACGAGAUCCUUGAUUACAAAGACUUGGCAGCGCUGCCUAAGGUUAAAGCCAUUUAUGAAGUGCAGAGGCCAGACUUCUGGUCCUAUGAGCCCAGUCACAGAUACUGCUCCGAUGACAGGCUAGAGCGUCUCAGCUAUGGGGAGUCCUUGGGCACGCUCUCCCCUUAUUCUCAGGACAUGUAUGACAGUAUGGACAUAAGGAUGAGAAGAUCCUCCAGUCCGGGGUACAUAGACUCCCCCACCUACAGCAGACAGGGCAUGUCUCCCAUCAUGCCCCGCUCUCCACAGCACUACUACAGAUAUGGCACUGAGAGUGGCAGAAGUUCACCCUAUUACAAUCAGCUAGACGCCCGGUCCAGCACGCCCACCACAAACCAAGCUCCCAAGCAUUUCCAUGUGCCAGCCACAGGGGAGCCCAAUAUCUACAGGAAGCCUCCCAUCUAUAAGAGACAUGACAAUCACUGCAAUCCAGCAACUAAGAGCAAGACCAGUGAGGACAUUGUCCAAUCUUCCAAGUUCCUAUCAGCCUACUCACCUGAACACUACCAGCACUCAGAGUCUGAUUACUACCACUACACCAGCUCUCCUAAAUCUUUACGUGCUCCUAGGAGAAGGUACUCAUCAGGUGGAGAAGAGGAUGGCUGGGGUCACGGCCUUCAAAGAAUUCAGGGUGGUAUCGGUAGGUUGAUCCUGAAGGAGGAGAUGAAAGCCCGCUCCGGUUCCUAUGACAACGACCCCUGGGGCAGCGCGCGGAACUCUCGCAGUGGGAGCAGGGAGAUGUUGCACAGCAUGGGCCACAACAACACAGUUAACGGCUCUCCUCGGACAAACUUUGCAGCGGAAAAUGACUACAUAUCCAAGUCAGCCUCCUUGCCCGGAUAUGGCCGGAAUGGAUUGCAACGGCCACAAAGUGCAGACUACUAUCAGUAUGACAGUGGCAGUGAAGCCAACUGGGGAAUCAGAGAGUACAAGGUAAGAACGAUGGUUUAGUAUUACCAGAGGAUUAAAGGGGGCCCAGAGAGGCACCUCUGAAA